AUGGGAUAUAUGCCCGGCUCAGAAAACUGCAAUCUGCAAAAUUGUCUAUCAUCAGAUAAUGGAUUCUGCAUUUGUGGAGCCCAACGGAGUCCAUCUGCUGCACUCGAGAACUUGGUAGGCGAUUGUUUCAUGAAAUCUAUAUCUCAACUCCAUGAUGAGAAAAGGUUAGCUCACGUGGACGAGUUUGAGGAUUACGUGAAGAAGGUACACUGUGAGGAAUCAUUACACUUUUUGAUUGAGAUAUUCAAGUAUGAAUAUAUAUUCGAGAAUUUGGUGCAUGAAGUUGAUGAACGAGAUAGACUUAAGUCUACUAGAAGUCCAUCUCCUCAGAUAAUUCCACUUAAUAUCAACGACGAACGUUCGGUUACGCUGGAUGAGCAUGAGCCCAUGAAAGCGCUCGUAUCUACCAUGGAUGACAUACAGCCUACAGCGCAAGAGCUUAAUGAAUUGAAUACCUCUGUUUGGGAUGAUAUGCGUGAUUCUCAUAUUGAUAAUAAUGAUAGCGAAGAUGAAACCCCUUGUUUAAAUCAUACUGUACACUUUUCUGAGAAAAAAUUAAAUGAUCAAUGGAAUUAUAUCAUAAAUAACUAUAUUAAGGAAAACGCUCCUGAUCAGAUUAAUGUUUCUUGUAAAAACUACAACAAGAUUUUAAAUGAAAGUGCUUCUUCUGAGGGGCCACAUCGACCAACGGUUCUUUUGGAUGCAAAAAAAGAAGUCAUGCAGCUCAUUCAGGAAAACGUUUAUAUUGGGUUCCUAAAAUCUCAGAAUUGUCCAGAAUGCAAGAAAUCGGAGCUGCCAUGCUCGAUCACCAAGUUCGAUGGUGACUUGGACAGUAUUCGAGAACGAUCCUUUAUGUCACCUAAUAUAUCACCAGCCAGUUCAAUAUCAAAAGGCUCGAAAAAGAUUCAAGGGCCGAAAUCUAAAUUACUUCAUCUUGGUUCCCCAAAUUCAAACAACUCCAGACCACCAUCACCCAGCAGUGCAUCGCCAUCAAUCUCAAGCUUUUUGGGUCACCUAAAGCUUUGUGGUACACCACCGAACUCUGCUUCUAGCUCCACGAAUUCAGUUACCCUGCAUCACGAGGAAAAGCCCCAUAGAUUCAAACUUUGGAAAUCUAAAAAGGGCAACGAAACGGAUUAG